AUGACCGGGUACUGUGCAGAACGUGCAGCUCCCACGGUGGCCGACCGCGAGUACAGCACUGGAGCACAGUGCAGCGCGGACCAGCACUGUCUGUGGACCCGGCUGCUAGCUAAGCUGCUGCUCCUCGCUUCCUUCCAGCCAAACCUGCUGCCCCUCCCGCAUCAUAGCGGAUCUGCACCGCUACGCCAUGUGUAUCGUCAGAAGGUUGGCACUUCCCUACUACGACCUACGUCGGCUGCCACGGAUGGUCUGCAAAUCCUUCUCGUCAUCCCGCACAGGGCCAAGGCCACAUGGACAUUCCCCGCCAAUCGCCCAAAGUUUGAGGGUCGUGGUCGUGUGAGCACGGGCUCCGUGGGGGGACCAACGUCAGAGUUAAUGCCCAUUCCGACCGACCGUCUUGUUCGUGGCAGGGAGCCCAGCCCAGUCUCACGGUCGGCCCUGGCCUGGAACAGGCACAAAGAAUCCUCACAGAAGGUGAAGAGCAUCCAGAUUCCAGAAACAGGAUGCCGCAACAACCCCUGA